AUGGAGCGGGCGGCGGGCGAGGGCCGGCCGCUGCUGCCGGGCAGCGCCGGGCUCUCCUCCGCCGGCGCCGUUUUCAUCAUGCUGAAGUCGGCGCUGGGCGCGGGGCUGCUGAGCUUCCCCUGGGCCUUCGGCAGGGCCGGCGGGGCCGCCCCCGCCCUCCUGGUGGGGCUGGGCUCGCUGGUCUUCCUGGUGAGCGGGCUGGCGGUGCUGGGCUAUGCCGCAGCCCUCAGCGCCCAGCCCACCUACCAGGGGGUCGUCCGGGCGGUGUGCGGGGCAGCAGCGGGGAAGCUCUGCGAGGUCUGCUUCCUCCUCAACCUCUUCAUGAUCUCCGUGGCCCUCCUCAGGGUGGUGGGUGACCAGCUGGAGAAACUAUGCGACUCCUUGUACCCCAAUGGAACGCUGAGCGGGGCCCCCCCGCCGCCCCCCUGGUACGUGGACCAGCGCUUCACCCUCUCGGCUCUCUGCAUCCUCGUCAUCUUCCCGCUCUCCGUCCCCAGGGAGAUCGGCUUCCAGAAGUACUCCAGCAUCCUGGGCACGCUGGCCGCCUGCUAUCUCACCCUGGUCAUCAUCCUGAAAUACUACCUGCAGGCAGAGAGCCUGAGCUCGUCCGAGCCCCCCCAGCCCUCCAGGGCCUCCUCCUGGGCCUCCAUCUUCAGCGUCAUCCCCACCAUCUGCUUUGGCUUCCAGUGCCACGAGGCUUGCGUGGCCAUCUACAGCAGCAUGCGCAACCAGAGCUUCUCCCACUGGGUCACCGUCUCUGUGCUCUCCAUGCUCAUCUGCCUGCUCAUCUACUCCCUCACCGGGCUCUACGGCUACCUGACCUUCGGCGAGGCCGUGGCGUCCGACAUCCUGAUGUCCUACCCAGGGAAUGACCCGAUCGUCAUUGUCGCCCGCCUGCUCUUCGGCGUCUCCAUCGUCACCAUCUACCCCAUCGUGGUGCUGCUGGGCAGGUCGGUGGUGCGAGAUGUGUGGUCAACGCCCAAGCGUGGGGCCGCAGCGGUACCCGAGGCGCACGAGCGGUGGAACCGGGUGGCACUGACAGUCGCCUGGAUGGCCACCACACUCGCCAUCGCCCUGUUCGUCCCAGACAUUGGCAAGGUCAUUGAGCUCAUUGGGGGCAUCAGCGCCUUCUUCAUCUUCAUCUUCCCAGGGCUGUGCCUGGUGUGCAUGACUGGGACCCGCUCCCUCAGACCACGCAAAAAGGCUGCUUUCAUCGCCUGGGGUGUCCUCUCCGUGCUCUGCGGCACCUUCGUCUGCGGGCAGAGUGCUGCCCUGGCCGUGCUGGGGCUGCUGCACUGA